UCUCAGUCGGCAGUGACAAGUGUUCGCAUCAAGUUCAAAAAUUAAUUUUUAAUAAAAAAAAAUCUUAAAAGAUGUCUCGUGUUCCAUUGCGUUUCCGUGAUUGGUGGACCGAUUACGACAGUUUCUUCGAGCCAAGCUCUACCUCAGGCUUUUUCGAGCCCUCAUUACGCACUUCCAGAUUAUUAGAUCAGCAUUUCGGCACAGGUCUCAGACGGAAUGAUCUGUUCUCGUCGAUCGCAACGCGUCCAAAUGUGAUGGGAUCGUAUGUGCGUCCCUGGACCAACACAAAUCUCCAGAAGCAAGAUAGCGGCUCGACCAUCAACAAAGGCGACGACAAGUUUGAAGUAAUUUUGGAUGUUGCCCAAUUCGAGCCAUCCGAGAUCACGGUUAAGACCACGGACAAAUUCAUCGUCGUCGAAGGCAAACACGAAGAGAAACAAGAUGAACAUGGCUUCGUUUCGCGCCAAUUUACCCGAAAAUAUUUGCUACCUGCCGGUCACAAUCCUGACGAUGUUUUCUCCAGCUUGAGCAGCGACGGCGUCUUGACAGUGACAGCUCCAAAGAAAGCCUUGCCUGCUCCAAAUGCUGAACGAAGUGUGCCAAUUACACAAACUCACACGCCAUCGAAGAAGGAGCAAUCGCCAUCGCCCAAAAUUGAAACCACAAGUUAAACUUCCUUUGAUUUGAGAAAAUUCAAAAUUGAAAUUUCCUUUGAUUUGAGAAAAUUUUAUCAGUAUCUUGAAAUUUAAUAAACCAAAAAUUUUUUUCUACUAAAUUUUUUGACUAAACUUUCGUUUUUGAGGAUAAAAUUGCAUGUUGGAACGUUAACUGCCGCCCAAGUGAUGCAUUGCAGUUAUUUUAAUAAUGUUGGCGUGGAAACGUUCGCAUUGUUGUAAUGUAAUAAUAAUAAUAAUAAUAAUGAAAGGAAAAUAAAUUGCCAUU